UCAAAACCCUAACUCAGAUCUGGGCCGUCAAAUCUGUAAGAUCCAACGGCCAAGGAAGAAACCCUAAGCAAGAAGUCCUGCACUAGGGUUUAUAAAGCUGCGCCAGUGCGCCUUCCCUUGCCGUCUCUAGAGCAAUCUCUAUUGAGCUCGCGGUUGAAUCGUUUCCUUUUUCUCUCUAGCUUCAGCAGCAAACAGGCUUUAGUUGAAAACUGAAAGAUGGGUAAGGAGAAGGUUCACAUCAACAUUGUGGUUAUUGGUCAUGUGGACUCUGGCAAAUCAACAACCACUGGUCACCUCAUCUACAAACUUGGAGGUAUUGACAAGCGUGUGAUUGAGAGGUUUGAGAAAGAAGCAGCUGAGAUGAACAAGAGGUCAUUUAAGUAUGCUUGGGUGCUUGACAAGCUCAAGGCUGAGCGUGAGCGUGGUAUCACAAUUGACAUUGCUCUGUGGAAAUUUGAGACGACUAAGUAUUACUGCACUGUCAUUGAUGCCCCGGGUCAUCGUGACUUUAUCAAGAACAUGAUUACUGGUACCUCUCAGGCUGAUUGUGCUGUCCUCAUUAUUGACUCCACAACUGGUGGUUUUGAGGCUGGUAUUUCUAAGGAUGGGCAAACCCGUGAGCAUGCUUUGCUGGCCUUCACCCUUGGUGUCAGACAAAUGAUUUGCUGCUGCAACAAGAUGGAUGCCACCACCCCGAAGUACUCCAAGGCCAGAUAUGAAGAAAUUACGAAGGAAGUGUCCUCUUACAUCAAGAAGGUUGGAUACAACCCUGAUAAGAUCCCCUUUGUACCCAUCUCUGGGUUUGAGGGUGACAACAUGAUCGAGAGGUCCACCAACCUUGAUUGGUACAAGGGUCCCACCUUGCUCGAAGCUCUUGACAUGAUCUCGGAGCCCAAGAGGCCAUCUGACAAGCCCCUACGUCUCCCACUUCAGGAUGUCUACAAGAUUGGAGGUAUUGGGACUGUCCCUGUGGGCCGAGUGGAGACUGGUGUCCUUAAGCCUGGUAUGGUUGUCACAUUUGCCCCUUCUGGGCUCACCACUGAAGUUAAGUCUGUUGAGAUGCACCAUGAGGCUCUUCAAGAGGCUCUCCCUGGUGACAAUGUGGGGUUCAAUGUGAAGAAUGUUGCUGUCAAGGAUCUCAAGCGUGGUUUUGUCGCCUCCAACUCCAAGGAUGACCCUGCCAAGGAGGCUGCUAACUUCACAGCCCAGGUUAUCAUCAUGAACCACCCUGGCCAGAUUGGCAAUGGCUACGCACCUGUGCUUGACUGUCACACCUGCCACAUUGCCGUCAAGUUUGCUGAGAUCCUCACAAAGAUUGAUAGGCGGUCAGGAAAAGAGCUUGAGAAGGAGCCCAAAUUCUUGAAGAAUGGUGAUGCUGGAUUCGUUAAGAUGAUCCCCACGAAGCCCAUGGUUGUUGAGACCUUCUCUGAGUACCCACCUCUUGGUAGGUUUGCUGUCAGGGACAUGAGGCAAACCGUGGCUGUUGGUGUGAUCAAGGCUGUUGAGAAGAAGGACCCAAGUGGUGCCAAGGUGACCAAGUCAGCUGCUAAGAAGAAGUGAACCGAGGUCUUGGGUCCUUUUGUCGGUGAUACUGUUUUCUGCUUCUGGACUCUAUCGUGUGUUUCUUCUUUUGCAUUUCCUUUAUGUUUUCGUUAUUUUGUUCUGUGUUUUGGUUUGUUGCUGUUAUUUGGCGGGCGGACAAUGCAGAACUGGGUGCUAGACAGGCGGUGGCGUGCUGAUUAGGGAGGUUUUCUUCUUCCCCCUUCUUUUUCGCUAUAGUAAAAACAAAAAGAAGACAUUUUGCACUCUAUUUAUCUUUUUGUCCGGGACAUGGAAUAUGUACGAGUCUAUUUUGUUAGUUGUUUAUUUGAAGAAUAGAUUGUGAUUAUGGUGAUUUGAAGUGAUGAGUUAAGUUUGACUUGGGUCCAGAAUUUCCACCUGUU